UAUUUUUUUGUCAGUAUUGGUUUACAUUAUCCUUGGAAAGGCUGAUUGAGUGACUGAGUGUCUAAAUCUGGAACUUGCGACACGGGGGGCAAAUGGUACGGGAAUUAUCUUCGAAAGUUUUCGGAAAAUCCGGAAAUUGAUCAAUUUCCGAAAUACGAACCAUUCAAACGAAAAUUUCGGAUAUUCCGAGAGCAAAAUCAAAUCGGACGGAAAUUCCUGGUAAUAACUUUCCGUCCUUUCUGAAUUAUAUUUUGGGUUCAGCUCGCGAGGUUGUCCCCAUUUCCGGAAAUUCCGGAAAACGAUGUUCUAUUCACCGCUGGAAAUUCGGGAAAUGCAAAUCGUAAUUUUCGUCCUCAAACAUCCACCAAAGUAACAACCACUCACAAUCAGGGACAGUAUAUGGAACCUGUAGUUACCGUUUCACCUGUAUUUUCGUGUCACUGCAGAUGGAGCUUCCCUCAAGGAAGUCAUGACACCAGGCUCAGAGCUAUUACAAACAAUGGCAGCCAAACUCAAUCGUGAAAUUCCAGGGAUCAAAGAUUGGCACCACCUGGCAUGCAAACUGGAAGUCCCAGUUGACAUUCGACAAGCAUUUGGCGGGGUAGGACUAAAAGGAAAGAGUCCUACAAAGGAAGUCAUGCAAUGGCUGGUUGCUCGGUUCCCUGACACGACCUUAAAGGAUGUUGUGAAGGCACUGGACAAGAUUCAGCGUAAUGAUGCCAUUCAGAUCAUAACAAGGCAAUUCCCAGACACCGUCGAUUCAUCUUUGGAGCGACUUGAUUCUUCAUUGAACGAUAGGGUUAGCAUCGACCUACCAAUUAACGAUCCAACAGGGGAGACUUUGUCCACUCGCUACAAGAGGGAAGAAUGCGGCUCUUCUAAAGGUAGGCAAGAGGACCUAAAGCGAGCAGGUCAUUGUGGGAAUUUACCAGAUGCUACUUAUUUAGUAGGCCGCGACGACACGUGCGAACAGAUUAUUUCUCUUCUUACUUCUAACAAGGCUGCUGAAAUUGUGGCACCUCCUGGGUACGGGAAAACCUCGGUGGUGGUAGAAGUCGCACACAGGAUGAUCAAAAGAGGAAAGUUUGUUGCUUACGUGAAACCUCGAGGUGUUACCUGCGUGGAGGACUUGGGAAGCCAAAUCAUCGAGGCCUUCGGUGCGGAUGCCAAUGAGGAUCCGAUAAAGGAAACUAUGCGUCGCUUAAGAGCCUUUGAACCCAAGAGCGUGGUGCUAAUCAUCGAAAAUAUUGACAACUUGCUACAUGUUGAGGAUCAUGAUCAAGUUAGCAACGAGGAAAGCGAUCAAGAAUCCGGGAUUUACUGUGCCAAAAUGCGUGGAAAAUACAAGAAAGAUGAUUUCUUGGCUUUUUUAACGGACAUGGGACAGUGCCCAGCCAUUCAUCUUGUCCUCACAUCGAGAGAAACCGUCGAUUUCAGUGUGUGUUUUGCAAGUGAACUGAUAGAAUUGGAGCCUUUAUCUGACGAGGAUUCUGCAACCCUGUUUACAAAGCGUGACAAAAGUCUAGACGACGAAUUGGUGAGGGAAUUGGUCAAGGUUUGUGGUGGAAUUCCGCUCGUCAUCUGCACUGUGUUGGCUAUUCUUAAGAAAGAAAAUCCACAGAACUUGAUCCGAAGGCUGUCGACAAGUACACCUCGUUUGCUCUUAAAAGAACUAAACCGCGACUUUAUAGCAAUCGAGAACCGCAUUGAUAAGUGUCUUGAAGUUUGCUUUAAUCGCUUGAGCGAGGAAAAGCAAGAUGUUCUUGUUAAGAUCUCCACAUUUCCACACGGAUUCACCGAGGAACAUUUUAUCGCCGUGUUUAAGCCGCCGCCUGAUCUUGAUUUGCAGGCGUGCAUGAAUCGUCUGAAACACAGCAGCCUUGUACGCUUUGAUCGAAGAAGCUGCCACUAUUCUCUCCAUCCAUUUCUUAGAGAUUAUUUUUCAUUGAUGCCGCAACACACAGCAGCCAAACCAGUUUUCAUUCGCCAUUACAGUGACUUAACUACCACGCUGUGUAAACAAUUUUUGAGUCGAGAUUCGAAGUCUGCCAUCGAACGUUACAGGAACGAAAAGGGAAACAUCCGAGAAGCCAUGACAUGGUGCGGAGAUGAUCAUCCUGAGCUUGACCAAACUACAAGGGAGCACUGCAUUCGCUGCUUUAACAAGUCAGCAGUGUUUCUUGCCAAAAUGAUGAGGAAACAAGAGUUUGAGUCACUCUUCUGCAAGCUUUCGUACCGUUGUCGCUACGACAUGCACCUUUACAGUGCUUGCUUGACAAAUAUGGGAAUGAAAAUAGUCUUAAGCUGCACGUGCACACCACACAUCUGUCCCAUAGCAUUGCAUCGAGCCAAGUGCUUAUUGUCACGUGCAAAUGAAAUUCAAUCAAGUCUCGCGGCCUUUGAUGACGCUACUCGCGCCCAGUGUCUGAGCAAGCUUGCAUUCUGUUUUGUUCGCGAGGGGCACGUUGACAGUGGUUAUGAUCUUCUCAACCAGGCCUUAACAUUGAGAAAACAGCGCACGAAACAUUCAAUGAAGGAUAAAGACAAGGUCAUGUUUGCUGCUUGCUACAACGAUCUAGCAGCUUCGCAGAUGAUGCAACGGAAACACUUGGCUGCUAUUGAAACAAGACGACUUUUCGUAUUACCCGAUUAUGAAUCGAUCCUUGGUGACCACCCCUUUGUGGCAACAACACUGAGUAAGAUUGCUAAUAGUUACCAUGCUUUGGGUGAUUACGACAACGCCAUUAAAUUUACCCGCCGAGCGCUUGAAAUCCGCAAACAACUACUGGGGGACCAUCAGGAAACUGCGCGAUCUUUGUACGAUUUGGGCGUGGCCCUCUCUGCGAGGAAAGAAUACGAAAGCGCCCUUGAAAGCCUUGAAAAGGCAGUUUCUCUGCAGGAGGAGGUGUUGGACACACACGACGAGUUGAUACACACUCAUCAAGCUAUGUCGCUUGUCCUCAAGGGCUUGGGAAGAGAGGAGGAAGCUGAGAGGGAAAUGGAACUGGCGGCGGAGAGUGCGAAAAGAUUGGAUUCCCUGGAAGUCCCUUUGGAAAUCUUCCAGACCAGCGAAGAAAAGGAAUGGGUGGUGUCUGAUCCUGUACCCAUUAGCAGCAGCCAUGCGCAGGUGAAUGCUGGACGUGACUGUUCACGGAAAAGCAUAACUUGAAAAGCUUAAACCACUUGACAAGGACCAAUUUAUUGGCGAGCCGUUAACCCGCGUGAUACGGACUGAAGUUCUCCGAGUAUAGUAGUGGUGCACUAGGUCAUGCAAUGCCGAACAGUCUUGUAAGCAAACCUCGAAAUGAUGGUUCUGACGCAUAAAAGAAAGAUGAAGAGAAGUAUUGCGGUGCUUAAAGGUGGACAAAACUUGAGGAGACUUUGAAAAUGUUUUUUAGUUUGUUUGUUCCGUAUAUAUUUCAUUCUUGUUUUUACUGUUUGCAUCUUUCGAGAAAAAAACUUACACAGGCAAAAGUUGUACAAAAUUGUCUAGCAAACUUAUUGUCAUGCGAAACACAGUUACUUUUACGAGUAUCAUUUAGAAAAGUAAAGCGAGCAAAUGAACGGACGAGUGAAAGUAGAGUAGUGUCUUACUGGGAACAUUUUGACUGUUUUCCCAUUGAAAUUAAGGUCGAUCGUUCCAAACGCAGAAUCUUAAAUGAUAUAAGACUCUAUUGAUAGUUAAACUAAUAUUCGCCAGCUUUUUGGCGAUAUACGUUAUUCAAAGAAAAUGGUCAUCCGAUUCGUCACGUUAUCAGGUACAGUCCAAAUAAUAUGUCAAGCCAAGAAGGGAUGCCGAGUUUUAUGAUUGAUAUCAGGGAAAUUGUCCAGUUCAGUGCUGCAAAUUCAACUACACACAUAGCGAGUCAACCAUGAAUUUCCUUUUACCUCUUGACUGAGGCCUUAAGUUGUUUAAUUUGCUAUUUAUGCAAUAGUUUAAUAUUUAAAUUUACGAAUUGCUAUUCAUUUUUAUAAAAUGAUUUUCUUACAAUCGAUCGUUUUAUGCACGAAUGGAUAUUUUGAAAUUUAAUUACAAAAUAAAUAUAUAUUUAUGUCAGUCGAAUCGAGACUUUAUAAGUCCAAUGUAACCAAUGACAAGUUUAUUAAUACGUCAUCGCAUCA